UAUCUCUUACAACUCCAACGAAGUUCGUAAUCAGACAGGUUUACUUCCCAACAACAAGCUUCUGGGUUCAGCCCCACUGCGUAGCCCGUUGGUGCACGCUAUUUCGAUGUCGUGGAACUUCAUAAUAACGAUUAGCUGGGUAAUGCAAUGAAGAAAACAAUAGCCUUGUAUUUACUUCUAGUUAUUUCCAAUAUAGUAGCCGAUGUAAAUGCAGUUGCCAAUGACUCACCAUCAAAUCGAGGCCAAAAAAAAUGUAAAGGAUGUCAACAUAACGGGAAAUGCAUUUGCAAUAAUACGUUUGGCUUUUAUAUAACCGCGGGUGAGUGUAUGAAAAUGAUGUGCGUGUUAUUCCAACUCCUAACUUUGUACAAAAACUGUAUAGAUGACAGUGGAAAAUGCCUGAGCGCUGGUGACUUUCGAUUCGGUUUGCAUAAACGUCGUUGUGUUGCAUUUUACUGCAAGGUGUAUAAAGAUGAUAUAAAGCUAAAUAUACAAUAUGAUGUAGUUUGCAAUGUGGGCGAAGUUCUCAAAAAACGGAGGAAAUUCAUUUAUAAGAACGUGGAUGAAUGUUAACUGGAACAUUUGAUAUUCUAUACCGUUUAUUCUCUCUGACAACAACUAAAUAAAUGUCAAUAAAUCAUGA